UGUGAUGGCCUGCUCCAUUGUCCAAUUUUCGACUGCAGGAGACUGAGUUCACCUUUCGUCCCAACGCGCUCUAGACAUACAAAUACAUACAUAAAUUGUGUGUAUAUAACCGCUGAAUUUUGUUUCGGUUAUCAGCAGAGAAUCAAUUGUGGAGUUUUUGAGUUUAUUGGCGUGUUUUGUUGUAGGAGGGGGUUACGGGUGUGGUGUGUUGGUGUGUCUGAGGCGCUGAAAUAAGGCAGGAGGGAAGAAUCAGUUAAUAUUCAGUGAAUGCGAGGAUCUGGAGUUGCAAUUUGUUUGUUAUUUUGAGUUGGAUAAUCGUGAAGGAGCGGAGGGAGGCGGAUUUUGUGGUGUAUUUGGAGGAGUGGAGAAAAAUUGGGGGAAAUGGAGAUGGGGAGAGGGAGAGGGGUUAGUUUGGGGUUGAUUGGGGCUGUGUUGUUGUUGGCUUUGAGUGCGUGUGAGGGGAAGGAGGGAUUGACGGUGAGGAGGAGAAACGCAUAUGCAACUAUGAUGUAUAUGGGAACUCCGAGGGACUACGAGUUCUACGUCGCCACGCGCGUCAUGUUCAGAUCCCUCGCGAGGCUCCGUGUCGAUGCUGAUCUUGUUGUCAUUGCCUCCAUGGAUGUGCCUCUUCGUUGGAUUCAAGCACUGGAGGAAGAAGAUGGGGCGAAAAUCAUGAGAGUCGAAAAUUUGAAAAAUCCAUAUGUGACUGACCCCAAUUCUCCUUGGAGGUUUAAGCUGACACUAAACAAACUAUAUUCAUGGAAGCUUGUGGAAUACGAUCGAGUGGUCAUGCUUGAUGCUGACAACCUAUUCCUUGAGAAUACGGAUGAGCUCUUCCAAUGCGGGCAGUUUUGUGCAGUGUUCAUCAACCCCUGCAUCUUUCACACUGGUCUCUUUGUAUUGCAGCCAUCAAUGGAAGUUUUCAAUGAUAUGAUGCACGACUUGGAGAUAGGAAGAAGUAACCCUGAUGGAGCAGACCAAGGAUUUAUUGGAAACUAUUACCCAGAUUUAUUGGAUAAGCCGAUGUUUCACCCUCCUUCGAAUGGUACAAAACUUGACGGACAAUACAGGCUUCCUCUAGGUUAUCAAAUGGAUGCUUCUUAUUAUUAUCUCAAGCUUCGGUGGAAUGUACCCUGUGGCCCCAACAGUGUCAUCACUUUUCCGAGUGCCCCAUGGAUGAAACCAUGGUACUGGUGGUCGUGGCCCGUCCUCCCUUUGGGCAUCGAAUGGCAUAAGCAUCGGCUGCAAACUCUAGGGUAUGCAGCAGAAAUGCCUAUUGCAUGGAUCCAAGCGAUUUUCUACGUGGCUAUCAUUGCCGUCUCCCGUCUAGCACGUCCCAACCUAACCAAGCUGUGCUACCGCAGAGAAGGAAAGAGCACGUUCCUCGUACAAACUGGAUUCAAAUUGAUCGCGAUAUGGUCCAUCCUUGCUGCCUACAUAGUCCCCUUCUUCCUCGUCCCUCGCACCAUCCAUCCUGUCGUGGGGUGGGGUCUAUACCUGUUGGGAUCGUUCUCACUCUCGAGCAUUGCUAUAAAUGCAUUCCUAUUGCCGAUGCUGCCGGUCCUGACCCUGUGGUUCGGAAUCCUGGGGACCCUUCUGGUAAUGGGCUAUCCGUGGUAUCACGACGGCAUCAUCAGGGCGUUGUCGGUGUUUGCGUACGCCUUCUGCUGCUCACCGCUGCUGUUUAUAUCGUUUGGCAAGAUAAUGUCGGCGCUGCAGGUGUCGGUGGACCGGGAAGUGUUCUUGCCGAGAUUAGGGGAGAGUGCAACGCUGCCGGAAUUCAAUAAGCUGUAUUGAGGAUGAUGAUGGUGAAGUGUGUGUGUGUGUGUGUGUGUCCUCCAGAAUUUGAAUUUGAAUUUGUAUUUGUAUUUGUAUUUAUGGAGGGAGGGGGCAUACCAUUGAUUCUUGGUUUUUCUCUGUAAAAAUUCUUUCCUAGUUCAACAAGGAAGCAACAAAUUCAUGGCUGUUGCUGUUGCUUCUAUUCCCUUUUAGCAUCAUUUUUUUUUUUUUUUUGUCAUUCAAUGAGUGUACUCUGGGCAAAUUUCAGCUAAAUUUAAUACGUGCAAAGUAAGUUCGAUAAGACAAGUUAUAUUA